GGCAAGCACUCAUCUCUCCUCCUGGUCUCCACACACAUGGAUACAUAGUAGUGUGACUGAGGAUUACAGCCCUAUGUCCCGCCUGUGUGUGCACAAUACUACUACAUAGACACUACUCGCUCCAGUCCUGCACUAUGGAAAGGUGGAAACUAUCAUGGGACUGCUGGAAAGUCACUGUGCUGCUGCUGGUCCUGCAGAGAUCCUGCACUGUGCGAACAGAAACCCCAGUCAAUGUCUUAUCAGCCCUGGAACUCAAUGAAGAAAUUGAAGGAAUUACGUUAGCCGCCGGACUUUGUACGCAUAGGCAAGGAAUUGAAGAGACAGAUAUCGCUUUCCGAUUGGAGAACAGAACGCACUUUAGCGCCCCGACUAAGCAGCUAUUUCCAGAUGAAACGUUCCCUGCGGAUUUCUCCAUUCUCAUCACUCUCAAAGUCAGGAAGGGGGCCCAGUUCUUCCUUCUCUCCAUUUACAAUGAAAAGGGCGUUCAACAACUGGGAGUGGAAAUUGGGCGCUCCCCAGUCUUUGUGUAUGAAGAUCAACAUGGAAACCCAACCCCUGAGAACUACCCAUUCUUCAAGAAGAUCAACCUGGCCGACGGCAAGUGGCAUCGAAUUGGAAUCAGCGUAGAAGGAAAAAACGUGACCAUGGUCGUUGACUGCGAGAAGAAGCAGACCCAUUACCUGGACCGAGGGGACGAUCCCAUCAUCAGCACGGAUGGUGUCACCCUGUUUGGGACACGACUACUCGACGAGGAAGUAUUUGAGGGCGACAUCCAACAGCUGCUGAUAGUGGCAGAUCCUAGAGCCGCCUACGAUUACUGCAACACCUACAUGCCCAGCUGUGAUGGCGCUCUAGUCUAUGCUGUACAAGCCCAGGACCCCGAGUUCCCCGACCAGAAACCCACGGAAUCUGCCCCUCGAAAGAAAAAGGGCAAAGGUAAAAAGGAUAGAAAGGGCAAAAAGAAGAACAAAAAGUCUGUAACAGAGCACACAACACAGUUGCACAGCACUAUCAUAAGUCCGACAGAAGGAAUCACUACCUCAGCUGUCACUCAGGCAGUGACACUUCUCAUGACAGAGACAAAACAGGAGCUAAGUCCGACAGAAGACCCCGUUCUGUCAGAAUACGAGUUCCCGGAUUAUUUCUAUACUCAUUCUCCAGAAGAAGACAUCCCGGUGUCCACAGUGACCGUGAGCACCAAUGCUACUGACUAUGACGAUUUGGCGGAAGAAUACGUGACUGGGGAGGAAGAUGAAAAAACAGACGAGGAUGACUAUGAGAUUAGACAGUAUGAUGACGAGGACUAUGAGGAUCGGGAGGAGAGAUAUGGGCCACAAGAGCGUGGUCAAGUGGAGACCCAAGAGACACCUGAGGAGGAGCAGAGUCUAAAAGGACAGAAGGGAGAACCGUACAUACUAGGACCCGGUUCACAGAUCGAGGGUCCUCCAGGAUUACCAGGAUACCCGGGAGAACCAGGCUCAGCCGGACCAUCAGGUCCACCAGGACCACCUGGAGAUCCUGGUGAGAGGGGUCCUCCAGGACGACCUGGUCUUAAUGGAGCAGAUGGUAUUCCAGGUCCUCCCGGAAACACAGUGAUGCUUCCUUUCCAGUUCGGUGGUGACUCCAGAGGACAGACAGUGUCAUUCCAAGAAGCUCAGGCGCAGUCAAUUUUGCAGCAGGCAAAGUUGGCCAUGAAGGGUCCACCUGGACCAGUGGGUUUGACUGGAAGACCUGGUCCUCUUGGGCCUUCUGGGCCUUCAGGUCUAAAGGGUGAUUAUGGAGAUUCAGGACCUCCGGGCCCACGGGGCUUUCAGGGUAUCCCAGGGCCUCCUGGAAAGAUUGGCAAAAGAGGACGUGGGGGAGCAGAUGGUGGCCGCGGUGUGCCUGGGGAAACGGGAAUAAAGGGAGAUCGUGGAUUUGAUGGCUUGCCUGGACUUCCAGGAGAGAAAGGUCACCGGGGAGAUCUAGGAGGUCAAGGUCUAGUUGGUCCAUCUGGAAACAAAGGGGAAAAGGGUUCUGAUGGACCUUCAGGACCUGCAGGUUCCCCCGGAGAGGCAGGUGAACGUGGCUUGGUGGGUCCCAGGGGACCUCCUGGACCACCGGGUCAGCAGGGCAUUAAUGGCAUUGAUGGAGCUCCAGGACCAAAGGGAAACCAAGGUAUUCAAGGAGAAGCUGGGCCCAAUGGGCAACAAGGAAACCCAGGACCUCAUGGAUUGCCAGGACCUCAAGGUCACAUUGGAAUGCCAGGAGAGAAGGGUCCACCAGGAAAGCAGGGAAUACCCGGUCUGGCUGGGUCCGAUGGGCCUCCGGGACAUCCUGGUAGAGAAGGACCUGCUGGAGAGAAGGGCGUUCAAGGUUCUCCUGGAUCUCCUGGUCCCAUUGGAUACCCUGGAACCCGUGGUGUUAAGGGAGCAUUUGGUGUGAGAGGGCCAAAAGGAAGCAAAGGGGAAAAGGGAGAAGAUGGAUUUCCGGGUUCCAAAGGAGACAUGGGACUGAAAGGAGACAGGGGCGACCCGGGAGUUACAGGAACGCGUGGAGAGGACGGUCCUGAAGGACCAAAGGGACAAUCAGGACCAUUUGGAGAGAUUGGAGGUUCUGGAAUUCCUGGGGAGAAGGGUAAGCUUGGAGUUCCAGGUCUUCCGGGGUAUCCUGGACGCCAAGGAGCGAAGGGGUCCGUAGGAUUUCCUGGACCAUUGGGUUUGGCUGGAGAGAAGGGCAAGCGGGGAAGAGGUGGACAGGCAGGAACAGCCGGAAUACGUGGUCCCUCGGGUACCAGAGGUGAAAGAGGUCAACGAGGGCCAACUGGAAAGCCAGGUCUGAAGGGUGACUCUGGGAACGAUGGUGUUCCAGGAGCUGCUGGUGAGAAGGGACCAAUGGGGCCUCCAGGACCAGUUGGAUUUGCAGGACCAAAAGGACCCAAUGGCGCUCCUGGGAAAGAUGGCUUACCUGGACAUGCCGGCCAACGAGGAGAACCGGGUUUUCAAGGCAAAACAGGUCUUCCUGGGCCAACUGGAGUUGUGGGGCCACAGGGUAAUUCGGGAGAAACCGGCCCAAUGGGAGAACGAGGUCACCCCGGGUCACCAGGAUCGCCCGGUGAGCAUGGAUUGCCAGGCGCUGCUGGACGUGAAGGAGCAAAGGGUGACCCAGGUCCUUCCGGAAUACCUGGUAAAGCUGGACCUCAAGGGUUAAGGGGAUUUCCAGGUGCCCGUGGCGUAGGGGGUGAAGCGGGUCCACCUGGCUUAAAAGGAGGAGAAGGCCCAGUUGGUGCACCAGGAGCUAUAGGUCCAGGCGGAGAGAGGGGUCCAUCUGGACAAGCUGGUGGGAUUGGCCUUCCAGGACGUCCUGGAUCACAAGGACCACCAGGACCUGCUGGUGAGAAGGGGAAUCCAGGUGAGAAAGGACCUGUGGGAGGAGAUGGCCAGGAUGGUGCCCAGGGAAGCAUUGGACCACCAGGGCCAGCUGGUCCACCAGGACCUGCUGGGGAUGAUGGAGAUAAGGGUGAAGUUGGUGGCCCAGGACAGAAAGGAAGUAAAGGUGGCAAUGGAGAUCCAGGACCUCCAGGACCCAUUGGCAUCCAAGGUCCAAUAGGACAUCCCGGUCAAGCAGGUCAAGAUGGAGAGCCUGGACGUAGAGGUCAGCCAGGAAUGCAAGGACAAAAGGGAGAUGAAGGUCAAAGAGGGUUUCCUGGUGUAGGUGGCCCCAGGGGGCUGCAGGGUAUGCCUGGACCUCCGGGAGAGAAAGGAGAAAGUGGACAUGUCGGACCAAUGGGUCCCCCUGGUAUGGGAGGUCCAAGGGGUCCUAUGGGACCCAACGGUGGAGAUGGUCCCCAAGGAAAUCCAGGUGGCACUGGACAGCCAGGAGCUGUGGGAGAAAAGGGAGAGAAUGGAGAAGCUGGAGAUCCAGGACAACCAGGAGAACCAGGCCCACCAGGAGGCAAAGGUGAUGCUGGUGAAAAAGGAGAAUCGGGGCCAUCAGGUUCAGCUGGUCCACCUGGAAAGAAGGGACGUUCAGGAGAAGAUGGACCAAAAGGAAACAUGGGUCCCAUUGGUUUUCCUGGAGACCCCGGACCACGGGGAGAAGCUGGAGUUCCAGGAGUUGAUGGAGUACCUGGGGAAAAAGGAGAUGCUGGAGAACAUGGUAAUCCUGGACCACCUGGAACUCAAGGAGAACCUGGACCAACAGGUCCACCAGGUAGAAGAGGCCAAGUUGGACAAGCAGGCAAAGAAGGUCGACAAGGCGAAAAGGGAACUAAGGGGGAGCCUGGCACUGAAGGUUUUCCUGGAAAGACUGGACCAGUCGGACCACAGGGAUCACCAGGGAAGCCAGGAUCAGAGGGUAUGAGGGGAAUUCCAGGACCUGCGGGUGAACCAGGAUUAUUGGGGGCACCUGGUCAGACAGGACCUCCUGGGCCUAUGGGUCCAUCCGGUCUGCCUGGCCUUAAAGGAGAUCCAGGAAGCAAAGGUGAUAAGGGUCAUGCUGGACUUAUUGGACUAAUAGGACCUCCAGGAGAAAUGGGAGAGAAAGGAGACAGAGGACCAGCUGGAAUCCAAGGUGUACAAGGACCAAAGGGAGAUCCAGGUACAGUGGGUAAUGCUGGACCAAAUGGACCUCCGGGACCAAGUGGCCUUUCGGGAUCUGCAGGGCAAAAGGGAUCCAAAGGUGCCCCGGGACCAAUAGGUAUGAGAGGAGACCCCGGAACUGCUGGCCCACCAGGCCCACCAGGACGUCCAGCACAAACCAUACAGCCCCUCCCAUAUGAAACAUAUGAAGGCACAAGAAAGAGAAGACGUCACUCUGAUGGUGCACAGGCAGAUGAGGGACUCACAGACUAUAUGUCUGAUGGCAUGGAAGAGGUUUAUGCCACCCUAGGAUCCCUGAAAGUGGAGGUGGAGCAGAUGAGGUGGCCAGUGGGAACCAAAGACAGCCCGGGAAGAACAUGCAAAGAGCUUCAGAUGUGUCAUCCCGAAUACAAGGACGGUGAAUACUGGAUUGAUCCAAACCAAGGUUGUAAUAGAGAUGCCUUCAAGGUCUUCUGCAAUUUUACAGCUGGUGGAGAGACUUGCCUGCACCCUGACAAAAAGUUUGAGUCGGUUAAAGUUGCAGCGUGGAGCAAGGAAACCCCAGGGGAUUGGUACAGCACUUUUAAAAGAGGAAAGAAGUUCCAGUACGUCGAUGCUGAUGGUAAUCCCGUCCACGUGGUGCAGAUGACGUUCCUGAAACUACUGAGUGCCGUAGGCCGUCAAAACUUCACUUAUAAUUGUCAGCAAUCCAUAGGAUGGUUUGAUAUGUCAAAGGGAAACCACGACAGGUCGCUAAAGUUGAGGGCAGACAACGAGGAGACACUCUCCCACAGCCGUACACCACAGAUAAGAGCGCUACAUGAUGGGUGUCAAUAUCGUAAGGGUGUCGAGCGAACGGUGCUUGAGAUCAACACCUACAAGGUGGAACAUCUACCCCUCAGGGACGUUGCCGUCAACGACUUUGGAGAAAGCAGUCAGAAGUUUGGCUUUGAGCUGGGUCCAGUCUGCUUCAACGGCUAAAGAAAAAACCCAAAUGAAAGACUACCAAACCAUUCUGCUCUUACAGAAUAAGGAUAACCUGAGUUUCAUGGCCGACGAACUAAGAAACUUCCUUUGGUCAUCAAUGACAAAGAUUCAUCCAUGUGGUUUUGUUUAUUUUUUUGUUAUAUAUUUUUGAUUUGUUAACUGCAGGGGAUUCUAGAUGUGUGUUUCCAGUGAGGGUCACCCUUGUAGGGUCACAGUACAACAAAUACGGGGAUAAUUCAUGCUCUGAAGACCUGGAUGAACUAUAUGCCACCAUAUUUAAAAGUGGAAGAAGUCUGCAGCACAGUGGUCACUGUACAGUACUGCGGUCAUGUUUGGUAUAAGUGAUCACUUCCGCUCACUUUACGGGAUUAUUCCUCCCCGAAUAUAUGAAGCACUCCUGGUUUUGCACUGGAGCAUAAUCAUCCAAUCAGGAUGUUCCUUUUGAUGCCCCAGUCAUAGAACUCACUGCAAUAAAAGUGAUCUAAUCUUCAGUCAUCAUCAGUCAUACACUGAAUACUGCCUCCUUCCGGCCUGACCAUGAGAAUGUUAUGUUAUAACCUUUAACACGCAUUGUAUAUCUAAUCUGAUACCCCAAAUCUGCAGAAGGUUAAUAGGUUAGUGACAUCUACCUCAAGACUCACCAUGCGAGGAACCGGUGUCACUAACAUUAUUGACGUAAAUGUACUGUAUAUUUUUGUGUAUAGUUUUUGAACUCCAUAUUAAUCUUUAAAGAUGGGCUCUGUGUAUUGAGGUAAAGGAAAAAAAUAUUUAAUUUCUUCAUACUGUUCCCUACUGGUAUAGACAACUCUAAUGAAUUCUUACGUUAUACUUGCCUAAUCCUCUCUGACCUUCAUGAUCAAAUUUAGAUAUCUAGUCAUCCUCGAAAUAUAGUCUUUCAGCCGAAUACGAUAGUUCUUCAAUGUAAUGUGAUGCUAGAUAGGUCCAAGGACUCUCUUCAAAUAGUCUCUUUGAUCUUGACUUCUGAACUACCCUCCGACAGUAUUGUGUUCCUUCAAGGUUGACAAAGUUUGCUUUGGUACGCAGAGUAAUUUGGUACAUAAAGUUAGCAACGUUACCUAUCACCUUCUUAACCAAUUUGCACAAAAGGGGUCUUUAGGUGCUCAAUCUGUAGAGAGGGCCUUCUUGUUUGGUUAAGGUUAGGCCUGGUAAUACUCCAAUUUUAGUCAAAAGUAAUUUGAAAAUGUUACAUCUGCAAAAGAUGACAUCUUUAAAAAUACCACCCCAUACACUGGACCAUCUUAGGGGUCUUUAGGUGCUCAAUCUGUAGAGAAUCUUGUUGUUUGGUGAAGGUUAGGCCUGGUAAUGCUUCAAUUUUAGUCAAAAGUAAUUUGAAAAUGUAACAUCUCCAAAAGAUGACAUCUUUAAAAAUACCACCCCAUACACUGGACCAUCUUGGAGGUCUUUAGGUGCUCAAUCUGUAGAGAGGACCUUCUUGUUUGGUUAAGUUUAGGCCUGGUAAUGCUCCAAUUUUACUCGAAAGUCAUCUAUAAAUGUAACAUCUCCAAAAGAUGACAUCUUUGAAAAUACCACCCCAUACAUUGGACCAUCUUAGGGGUCUUUAGGUUCUCAAAAUGUAGGGAGGAUCUUCUUGUUUGGUUAAGGGUAGGCCUGGUAAUACUGGUAAAAAUUUUACAUCUCCAUAAGACCAAAUCUUUGAAAAUACCACCCCAUACACUGGACCAUCUUUCCUGUUUCCUAUGUAUAUGGGGCCUCUUCCCUGAGAAGACCAAUCUCCAGAAGUCCAUUUUAGAGGUGGUAGUCUCACAGAGGUUUUAUUGUCUAACAAUAUUGUAUUAUGUCUCAAAUAGGGCUUGCCUACAGGCCAUGAAUACAGAAUGUUGAGUUAGAAUUGAAAGCUUUUUGGAGUGAAGUAAACAAGCAAGACAACACAACCUCAAAUGUUAAUGUUGGGCACCACAAUGGAAUACAAAAUGUCCAAAGAUUUUAAAAAAUUUACUAAAUUGAAGAGGAUUAGGUCUUUCUUUGCCUAAUAUUUUAUGUAUUAAAAUUGCAUGUAUUUACUUAUCUGUUUAGUAAUGAUUUGAUUGUUAUUACUACUAGCAACAAACCUGGUGAAAAUGUUAGCACGUACACAAUACACACUAUUGAUGGAGGGACCAGGAUUGGGUUUUUCAGUGCUGGAGAAAAGUCAAAACUUUACCUAACUUUUACCUUAACAUAGCAGAAACCACUUUACGCAUAAGCAGUAUUCAUAAAGAUGUCCCCUAUCAAAUUUCAGACAUGGUGACUUCAGGCCAAGGUGUCCACCUCGGUGGUAUCCCUUGUUUCGAUUCACUUGUUGGCUUUAUGUUACAAAAUAUUUUUUGUGUGGCCCAUAAAAUAGUGACUGCGAUGGGCAAUGAUGGUUAUCCAUUCUUUUAUCAGAUUUUAUUUAUGAAGCGGUAUGUUAACAAAUGCAAUAUAUGUAACAAAAUGGAGAGAUGGAACCUAUAGACAAGCAACAUUUUACUGUUGAGUUCUGUCUCCCUCAAUGGUGCUCAUGUAGAAACCUAUAUUCUAGCUUUACGGUAGGGUCACACACAGCACAUUCGCAGCAUAUUCGAAGCUGUGGAUACGCUGUUGGCAGUCACAGAGUGACUGCAGCAGGGAGCUCGCUCUGCAGUCGCUCUGUGACUGCCAGCAGCCCAUCUGCAGCUUUAAAUACGCUGAAAAUGCGCUGUGUGUGACCCAACCCUUAUGGAGAAAAACUGUAGCUAAAUAAUUCAUUAUAAGAAGACAUCUAGGACUAAAUUACAGACUAUGGCAUUUUGUUCUAGAUUUCAGGAAAACAAAAAUUUGAACCAUACUGACUUUAUACUUGUGACCAGGAUUAGGAAGUUUUGGGUUUUCAUAUCGGCCAACUGGUGACCACAAAACAUUGUUUUCCGAAAUCUUAGGUCACUCGAAGAAGACCAAUGAGUACCGAACCUUGAAAACAUAGUCUGUAUGAAAUGGGAGCUUUAGCUAUAGACUUCCUUAAAAAUGACUUAAUGACAAAACCGUACCUUAUAGCUGUACUUCUCUUAAAUGGACGACUUAUCACUGUUGCCCCAAGAGAGUAAUCUCUCCUGCAACCAGAAAAGUACUGUCCUUCAAAAAUUGGGACAGUUGUGAAAUAUGCAAAUGCCCCCAAUCAUGGAAGCUCAUACCUCUCGAUGGUUAUAUAGGGACAAAAGUCUCAAGAACAGUCACACUUCCUAAGAUAUGUAGAGGUCCCCAACCCAGUACUUAUUAUUCUAGUUUUUUUCAGGUACUCCAUUGGAAAAGGACAGGCAAAAAUUCUAAUCCUGGACUGUUGGUGGCCUUGACAACUGUGUUGGGGACCUUUGUGUUAUGUGGUAUAUCGACCACUUCUAACUGUUCAGAGGCCAAGAUAUAUCUCCUUACCAUAUCUACCUGAAAAAAACAGGCUGUGCGUAGUUGACUUUUACAAACCAGUAUUGUAUAUGGAAAACAGAAGUAAGUUUUUUUUAAGAAGACCUAAUGAUAAUUUACCUCAUAACUAAUCUCUCCAAAGGAGGACUUAUCUUUGUUGCCAAAAUUCUCAGAUCUGUAUGAAAAAAGCCGUGUCCUACAGAAACUGGGACCGCAAUGGGGAUACACUAGUCCAAGGGAUGGAAACUCAUAAUUAUUGGUGGCCAUAUAAAGGCAGAAGUCACAACAGCACUGACAGAAGGAAAGAUAUCUUCUAUGUGGUAUACCAAGCUGUGAUAGUUUACAGACCUAGAUAUCCCCUUAACCCACCUAAUCGAAAAAAAAUCGGGCUGUGCAUGGUUGACUUAACAUCAACAUAAUACUUUUUAUAGGUAUUCAGAACUGAAAUUUGAACUACUGUGCUUAUUUAAGCAAAAAAGUGAACUAGUUAGAUCAAAAUAGUGAUAAUUUCCCUUUACGCGGAUACAGGUGUUGAAUGAAUUGUCGCUAGGUCACAUGAUCCUGAAAGCUAGUACUGUGAUUGGCUCUGCAGCCUCUUAUUGAAUAGACCACAGACCACUGUUUUACCUUGUUCCGUGAUUCAAUAUGUUGCUACUAAUUACUGACCAAAAUGCAAAAAAUAUAUAUUUGGUUGUUUAUUUUUUAUAAAGUAAAACAAACGUUUUAUAUGGUGCUAGAACGAUUAUACCAAAUCUGUAUUAUAAGAAUAAAAAAAUACUUUAAAUUAA